CUGCAGAAUUUGUGAAGCAAAAUCUCUUCACCAAUUUAAGAAAUCACCCAAAAUUUAUCUGUGAUACUGUUACAUGGUGAACGGAUGUUUCUCUCGUAGUUCCCAGAAGAGACUAGGGCGAAAGGAAUGAGAAGAAGAGGUCAAUGGCAAUGAUGGCGCUGGCGGUGCUGGGAAGACCGCUGGACAAUGUUUCCCCAGAUCUGGAGAUGGCUGUGAAGGCAGGGAGGGUUCGUGCUGCUAUCAUCAGUCACUAUAUUGAACUGCAAAACUCACCACUAGCUGUUUGCACACAUAGCCUAAACCUCCACAACCAAGUUUCUGCUUCCCGCUAAACCUCAUUGCGGCUGCCUGUAUGUUGCAGAUGAAUGGCUAUGUCCAUAAUCAUACUCCCCAUGAUGUAACGUUCACUGCAUAGCUUAAACUUUAAAAUGCGCGGGCAGAAGUACUUUUAAUAGAUUGGGCGAGAGAGGUUCAAAAUUCAAUUCAAUCUUAACAGGAGCAAUGACGGGCAGUGCAGAGUCAGAGAAAAGCAAGUGUGGAGAGUACCAACGGAAAAUCAGAAUCAUGGGAAUCAUGGGAAUGGAAGGUUGAGUGGGUCCACGCCAGCCACUCUAAGCAGUCAACCAACAGAAGUUUCCUACACCAAACUAACAAAACUCGCCAAGUCUUCCACACGGCAAAAUCUUGGGGAAAGGAACGCGUCCCACCGUAUUUCAGAAAGAGCCUAGCGGAAGAAAUUUAUUCCAAUUUCAUUUCUACGCGAACACCAUAUUUUAUAUAUAAAGUGGCAUGCCAGUCAUACUUAGUAGUUUAAAAAAUGAAAAAAGCACUACAAAUUCCACCGCCAUCUUUGAACAUGUUUCCAUUUGAAUACUUCUUCUUCCUUGAUGAGAUAAACGCUAUAUAAUUAGCUCUUCUCUCCUCCAUAAUCCACACACCUCUUCUUUCCACACAAAAGAGAAGCAAACAAUUGCUAAGCUUUGCAACAAUGGCGCUUCGGAUUGCAGCAAUGGCGGCUCUGUUGGUUUUGUGUGCAUGUAAUCAUUAUGCAGAGGCCACUGACUACACGGUGGGAGACGCCCAGCAAUGGGGUUUUGGUGCAAAUUAUACCACUUGGGCUUCCUCAAAAACAUUCCUUGUGGGCGACACCCUAGUGUUCAUCUAUGCCAAUGGAGCGCAUGACGUGUUGGAGGUGCAGAAGUCGGCUUAUGAUUCGUGCGCUACAAGUAACCCAACGAAGCAGUACACAGAUGGAAACACAAGAAUCUCGCUCACAAGCAGUGGGACAAGGUAUUUCAUCUGUGGAAUUACCGGCCACUGCAGUGGUGGUAUGAAGGUGGCAGUUACCGUUUCAGCCGGUAGUUCCACCACUCCCGCCGCCCCAUCUCCAUCAACUAAGACUGCGCCGGCGCCUACCAGUGCGGGACACGUGUCACAGAUGAAGGAUGUGUUGGUCUUGCUGAUUGGCUCUCUUAUAAUGUCUGUGAUCUUGGCUUAAAUGGAAUAUGGCUUUUUGCCAGGGAAGGGACAGUGCAAUUCAACAAGUUAUUCUUCAUUAUCAUUCAUCUUCUUACAAUUAAUAAAGCCUUGUUUAGCUAUGUAUCGAUUUA